AUGACCGAGCUGGUCCCCAAAGCUGCACACGGAGGCUCUCUGGUGUCCAAAGUGAUAGCGGUGGACGCGGACUCCGGACAGAACGCCUGGCUGUCCUAUCAUAUAGUCAAAUCCACCGAUCCGGGACUUUUCACUAUCGGGGUCCACAGCGGAGAGAUCAGGACCCAGCGGGACAUUUCUGAGUCUGACAGCAUGAAACAGAACCUUAUUGUGGCAGUGAAAGACAACGGACAGCCCUCUCUCUCUGCCACCUGCCCCAUGUAUUUACUUAUUUCUGAUAACUUGGCUGAGGUGCCAGAACUGAAGGACAUUUCUUAUGAUGAGAAGAACUCCAAGCUGACGUCAUACCUGAUCAUCGCGCUGGUGUCUGUGUCCACCUUUUUCCUGACCUUCAUUAUCAUCAUCCUGGGUGUGAGGUUUUGUCUCAGGAGAAAGCCCAGACUGUUGUUUGAUGGAGCAGUCGCCAUCCCCAGCGCUUAUCUCCCUCCUAAUUACGCAGAUGUUGACGGCACAGGAACUUUACGCAGCACUUACAAUUAUGACGCCUACCUGACAACGGGUUCUAGGACCAGUGACUUUAAGUUCGUGUCAUCUUACAAUGACAACACACUGCCUGCUGACCAGACUCUGAGGAAAAGUCCAACAGACUUUCCUGAAGUGUUUGGAGAUUCUGAUUCUUCUCCUGAGAUCGGCGUCAUGGUGGCUUUCAUGGAACUCGCAUUACAAAGAUGCGCCGUUGUUUUACUGCUCUUUUCUUUGCCUUUUGCCAGUGGAGAUACUAGCUAUUCUUUUCCGGAGGAGAUGAGACCCGGAUCCUUGAUCGGAAAUAUUGCCAAAGACUUGGGUCUUGAAGCAAGUAGACUAUCCGCUCGAAAGGCCCGAAUUGAUACCGAUGGAAACGACAAACGUUAUUGUGACAUAAACCUCCGUAACGGCGAUCUGACUGUUGCCCAGAGGAUUGACAGAGAAGGCCUUUGCGGAGACAAAACAUCCUGCGUUUUAAAACAGGAACUCAUGUUAGAGAAUCCAUUAGAAUUGCAUCGAAUUAGUCUGAAUGUCCAGGAUAUAAAUGACAACUCUCCGCAAUUUAAAAAAGAAUUAAUCAAUAUAGACAUAAGUGAAUCCGCGGCCAAAGGUGCUCGUUUUCCAAUAGAAGAAGCACAUGAUGCGGAUGUAGGCAAAUAUUCAGUUCAGACUUACAACCUCCAACGGAAUGACCAUUUUAUUCUGGGCGUUGGAAAACAUUCUGUAGAACUUGUCCUUAACAAAGAGCUUGACCGUGAAAAAUUUAAUGAAAUCAAUCUACUUCUUACGGCUCUGGAUGGUGGCUCUCCUCAGAAAUCAGGUACUGUGGUCAUUCACAUCAGUGUAUUAGAUGCUAAUGAUAACGUCCCAGUGUUCAGCCAGGCCGUUUAUAAAACCAGUCUGCUUGAAAACUCUCCACUAGGAACUCUCUUGUUGACAGUGAGUGCCACUGAUGCAGACGAGGGACUAAAUGGAGACGUUACAUAUGAUUUUGGACACAUUUCAGAAGAUAUUAAGUCAAUGUUUACCAUAGAUCGUAAGACAGGUGAUAUAAAGUUGACAACCAAGGUUGAUUUUGAAACAACGUCAUCGUUUGAACUGCGUGUCACAGUGAAAGAUGGUUUAGGAUUAACUUCUUACGCAAAAGUCAUCAUAGAUGUUAGUGAUAUAAAUGACAACGCCCCGGUUAUAAAUAUCAAAUCACUCAGUAGUCCCAUACCUGAGAACGCGUCACCUGGUACAGAGGUGGGCAUCGUUAACGUGCAGGACAGAGACUCUGAGAGUAACGGACAGGUCCGCUGCUCCAUUCAGCAAAACGCCCCCUUUAAGUUGGUUCCUUCUAUUAAAAACUAUUAUUCUCUGGUGACCACAGGACAACUGGACCGUGAACUAGUGUCUGAUUAUAACAUUACAAUCACCGCCACUGACGAGGGCUCUCCACCUCUGUCCUCCUCUAAAACUGUCCAGUUAUCUGUAGCAGACAUCAACGACAACCCACCGGUGUUUGAGGAACAGUCCUACAGCGCAUAUGUGACUGAAAAUAACAAACCUGGCUCCACUUUAUGUUCCGUUAGUGCUCGAGACCCCGACUGGAGACAAAACGGUACAGUGAUUUAUUCUCUGUUACCCGGUGAGGUGAACGGUGCCCCGGUGUCCUCCUAUCUGUCUGUUAACGGAGACACGGGGGUGAUCCACGCUGUGAGGUCGUUUGAUUAUGAACAGUUCAGGAGUUUUAAAGUCCACGUGAUGGCCAGAGACAACGGUUCUCCUCCGCUCAGCA